AACCCCUGGCUGUUGAUAAACACUGCGUUGUAUCUCUCACUGAAGAUUGAUCCACAUCGACUCGGCGUAUCUAUUUCCUGCCUUAGUUUAGUGCGUUAUAUCAUGUUACUGGUACUGUUCGGGCAUAGGUAUUGUUCAGCUGAGGUAUCCAGAUUCGGCGUAGCGACCAGGUGUAGAGACAGAUGUCUGUUUGUGAUGGUGUGUUUAUUAUGUGGUUGCAAAGGUUCUUUGGACGUAACAGUCUGGUAUUAUUGGCGGUGGGAUGUGGUGUGCGUCUGUUUUGGGCCUUGUCGGGGAUUCAUAGCUAUGCGGUGCAUUAAAUAUGUCUUUCUGCGUUUUUUUGGUCUUGAAUUGGCGAUCGCUAUAUACUCUGUGUGUGGGGUAAAGAGUAGGUAGGAAGAG